ACGAGGUACUGCCAGGGUUUCCGCAGUGACUGCGUCCUCUUGAGUGUUACAGACCCUCCAUUGUGACGCCCGGCGCAGGAGGCCGCGCGCGCACCCCACGACCUCUUCCAGGGGGGCCUGGAGCAGCCCUCCGCCCCACCAAGGGCCAGCUGUGGUUCCCGCCGCUCGUCCUGCGGACACACUCCUGCCCUUUGCCGAACGCACCUGCACCCGCGCAGCGCGGGGUGCGCUUAGGGCGGCCCCGAACCGCUUUUCUUCUGGGAACCACGCGGCGGGACGCGGGUUUCGGAUUCCCUGGGGGCAGCCUUGCUGUGAGUGAGCAAGCGCGGAGGCCGAGCUUCUUGCAAACGGACUCCGGACUCCGAGAGGCAACGACUUUUGUGCCUCACCAAAGUGCCUGGGAGCCGGCCGAGCCCUGCCCCUGGAACCCACGGGCGGCCACUGCGCAAGCGCCUCUCCCGGCUGGCGGCUCCGCCCCGCCCCGACCGGCGGCUCCAUGGCGCUGUGCGAGGCCGCGGGCUGCGGGAGCGCCCUGUCCUGGCCUCGCUUGUUGCUCUUCGGGGACUCCAUCACCCAGUUUUCCUUCCAGCAGGGUGGAUGGGGAGCAUCGCUGGCUGACAAGCUGGUCAGAAAAUGUGAUGUUCUGAAUCGUGGAUUCUCAGGUUACAAUACCAGAUGGGCCAAAAUUAUCCUUCCAAGAUUAGUCAGGAAAGGAAACAGCUUGGACAUCCCAGUAGCAGUUACAAUUUUCUUUGGGGCCAAUGACAGUGCAUUAAAAGAUGAGAAUCCCAAGCAGCACAUUCCCCUGGAGGAGUAUGCUGCGAAUUUAAAGAGCAUGGUGCAGUACCUGAAGUCUGUGGACAUCCCUGAGAAUCGAGUCAUUCUCAUCACGCCGACCCCACUUUGUGAAACAGCCUGGGAAAAAGAGUGCAUCAUACAAGGUUGCAAACUAAAUCGCCUGAACUCUGUUGUUGGUGAAUAUGCCAAUGCGUGUUUACAAGUGGCCCAAGACUGUGGGACUGACGUACUUAACCUGUGGACCCUGAUGCAGGACAGCCAGGACUUCUCAUCUUAUUUAUCAGAUGGACUACAUUUGUCUCCAAAGGGGAAUGAAUUUUUGUUCUCGCAUCUCUGGCCUGUGAUAGAGAAAAAGGUCUCUUCUCUGCCUUUGUUGCUUCCUUACUGGCGGGAUGUAGCAGAAGCAAAACCUGAAUUAAGUCUGCUGGGAGAUGGAGACCAUUAGCCAAUCACAGGAGACCCAAGUCUGCUUGUUAAUCUACAGAACUCCGAGUUGCCAAUACAUAGAGGUACCCUUUUUCCCUCAGGCUUAAACCUUUGCCAGUGAUAAUAAAAGUAUCAGGAUUUUUCAGGGAAGUUUUGUACUUAGGUCCAUUGUGUUUUGACAGUAUUUGUUAAUGCAGGUAUCGGUGCUACAGCUACAAAAUACACCCUGAGCAGCUUGUUAAUUCUAUAAAUGAUGAAGUAAAGACUAUUUUUUUUUAAAGUCACAAUUUUAUAAAAAUGGUUUUCUUACAUUCUUUUGAGAACAGUUUCACUCAUACAUACACCCACACACCCCACUCACCUUGUAUCAAAUUCCAAAAGUGUGAAGCAUAAGAAUAUCAUGACUAGUUAAAAGAUA